CUUUAUCAUAAUUUUAAUUUUUCAAAAUUCUUAAUUUAAUGUUUUAAAUAAAUAAAUGUCGUGCAUUACGUACGCGCGUGCGCGCAGUCUUCUCAAACUUAGUCAUUUCCUGGUUGAAAUUCUUUAGAUUUUUUAGUUUGAAAGAGUAACAGAUAUCAAGAUGUCCAGCCGUAAAACAAAAAAGACUACCGGCAAGAAGAGGGCCCAGCGUGCCACCUCAAAUGUAUUUGCCAUGUUUGAUCAAGCUCAAAUCCAGGAAUUCAAAGAAGCAUUCAAUAUGAUUGACCAAAACAGGGAUGGUUUUAUUGACAAAGAUGAUCUCCAUGACAUGUUGGCAUCUCUAGGUAAGGACCCCACAGAUCAGUAUUUAGAGGACAUGAUGUCAUGUGCUCCUGGACCAAUCAAUUUUACAAUGUUCCUAACCAUGUUUGGGGAGAAAUUGAAUGGGACUGACCCUGAAGAUGUGAUCAGAAAUGCCUUUGCUUGCUUUGAUGAGAAUAAUGCAGGGUACAUCAAUGAAGAAAGACUAAGAGAACUAAUGACAACCAUGGGAGAUAGAUUUACUGAUGAUGAGGUUGAUGAAAUGUUCCGAGAAGCACCAAUCAAAAAGGGCAACUUUGACUACAAUGAAUUCACCAGAAUCCUCAAGCAUGGCAAAAAAGAUGAAUGAAAAACUUUGUUCCUUAAGUUUUUAAUGAAGAAUUACGCUAGGAUAAAAUCUCAAGAUAUUAACUUAAUUUCGUACCUUGAUUCAACAAA